UAUAACCACGCCCACAUCCUCUUGGUUAAACUGAAGACCACGAGCUGUGUUGCCAGAUUGGGUGAUUUUAGGUCGCUUUGUGAAGGAUAAAAUGGGGUUGGGCUUCUUUUCUAAAUAAAUUAAAGAUAAUUCAUAAAUUGUAUCUAUUAGAUUUGUAAACACAUCCAGCAGAAGGUCGACACAUAGUAUACAAUCAUUUAAUACACAUACAAAUGUACUUUAAAUAUACAUUUGAUAUUUUAGUCCAUUUAAUAACAGAUACUUUAAGAAUUUUACUCAAGUACUUUCACUUUAACCAAAGUCAUAUUUCAUUUUGUCAUAUUUAACAACUGUGAUGAACCACAGUACUGUUGCUGCUGUGUGUUGUUUAUAAAUGAAAAUAUUUGUGCAUCAUCAAUUUGGGGGAUUUUGAGCAACUCGGACUGGAAACGUUCAAAACAUCAACCCGACCUGGCAACAAAGAGUGAAAGUGAAAGUCAAAAAGUUGUUUAUCAACAUUGGGCGCCUUUUUCUAUCCGCGUCAGUAUCGAGUGGAGCUGAAGGUUUGCUGUGGUGAAGUGACGUCAGACCGUCCAGAGCUCUUAUCUCCAGGAAACAACUGUGACUGGGGACGUUAGUCAGGUAUACACUGCCACCUGGUGGUCAAAUUAAAGAAGUACAUGGGUGCAGUAACAUUAUUUAUUUUGUCUGUACAAAUUUAAUGUCUGUGUUAUUUGACAGUGCAAAUGUAUAUAUGUAUGUGUAUAUUUAUCCCGAUAUUUAGUCCCGAUCUGAUACUCAGCCUUAACUGAUAUUUUCCAGGAUAAUACACCUGUAUUAAGAAAAAAAUUAUAUGCAUCCAAGCUGCUCCUUGAUAGGUUUUUUUUAAUUUAAUUUAAUUUAAUUUUGUUGAAACAAAGUAAAUACUUUUCAUCUGGCCGAUCCUGCAGAUCAGAUCGGGACAGUCCUAAUUAUUACGAUGAUAAAUGAUGUUACAGGGUUUUCGGGACGUACAACAUAUUUCUUGUCAGUGUCUCCUUCCUGCACAGACCAUUUUGAUUAUGUUUAAGUUUGCAAUUUGCUCCAAAAAACAAUUCUUCCUGUUUUUUGAAAAUGAAGAAAUAACUUGUUACUCCAUGCCCCAUCACAUCUCUUUUCAAAGCAUUGGACAAUUCAUCAAUUAAUGCGUUUUUGUAUGGAUUACUCUGACGCUGAAGGAACUUUUUAAAAAUGAGGAUUCUCAGGCUGAAGUUGUGGAGUUGUAAGGAGUAUCUUUGUUUUUUUAAGGUUCAGGAAAUGUAUCAUGAUAUCUGAGAUAAUGAUAUCCUCAGGAAGUGUAAGUAACAUCUACAGGUGAUGUGUCCAUUUGGCAGCCAACAUUUCUCAAGUUGUUCUGCAGACUUCAUUAACGGGAAGAGAUAACCGAAGCCAAGAGAACCAGACAAGAGGAAACAAACGCAGGAGCAGCUCUGCACUGACUGAAGUCCAAAGACGAUCCACGAGUCUCUGAAACUGAUCCUCCAUGUGCACAAACAAGUCUUGCUGAAGACCUGAAGAUGAGUGAAAGUGGAUCUGAGAGAGAUUCAGCACCUUCAACAAUCAGCUUAAAGUCUGCAAGGAGUGACCGCUCCAAAGGCAAUGUUCCAGUGUUUGGAAUUAAACCCAAAUCCUCAAGAAAAAGUCUUGCUGAAGACCUGAAGAUGAGUGAAAGUGGAUCUGAGAGAGGAUCAGCGUCUUCGACAAUCAGCCUCAAGUCUGCAAGGAGUGACCGCUCCAAAGGCAAUGUUCCAGUGUUCAGCAGUGAAACCAGACAUUCACAAACAAGUCUCGCUGAAGACCUGAAGAUGAGUGAAAGUGGAUCUGAGAGAGGAUCAGCACCUUCAACAAUCAGCUUCAAGUCUGCAAGGAGUAACCGCUCCAAAGGCAAUGUUCCAGUGUUCAGCAGUGAAACCAAACUUCCACAAACAAGUGACCAGGAUACAUCAAGCAUGCAGCAGAACCAGGACACCCUGAAGGUUCCGGAUUUUUGUCUGGAGUUUGAAUCUAAAGCCAUGGCUUUAGUAAAGAAAUCUCUGAGAUCCCAUACGAAGGUCCUUUCUGCAAAACACAAAGAACUGUUUGAGGAGGACGAUCAACAGAUGGAGAUUGAUGACAAAACUAAAGAUGCAGCUCUGAAGUUUGCCCUCCAUAUCUUGAGGUCCAUGAAUGAGGAUGAACAUGCGCACACUCUUGAGCGAAGUCAUUAUGGAGAAAUUUUCAUGUACCAGAGGAAACUAAGAUCUUUCCUGAAGAAUAAGAAUGAAUUCAUAUUGGAAGUAACUACACAACAGUGGCCUGUGCCUCUUAAAAAGAUUUAUACAAAUCUCUACGUGAUUGAGGGGGACAGUGGAGAGGUCAACAAAGAACAUGAAGUGAGACAAAUUGAGACAGCAUUCAACAGACGCAAAUCUAUGGAAAUUCAGAUCAAUUGUGAGGACAUCUUCAAGCCCUUACCCAACCAACAAGACAAACCAAUCAGAACGGUGCUCACCAAGGGGAUAGCAGGCAUCGGCAAAACUGUGUUGGUACAGAAGUUCAUGCUGGACUGGUCAGAGGAGAAGACCAAUCAAGACAUCCAGCUCCUGUUUUCACUUCCUUUUAGAGAGCUGAAUUUGAUCAAACAUGAAAGAAGAAGUUUGAUGGAGCUCCUGUCCAACUUCUCUCCAGGCCUGGAAGAAUCUCGAAUCACAGAACUGAAGACGUGCAAAGUCCUGUUUGUACUGGACGGUCUCGAUGAGUGCAGACUCCCUCUGGAUUUCAAGGGAAAUAAGAAAUGCUGUGAUGCAACACAGUCGGUCUCAGUGGACGAGCUGCUGACAAACCUCAUUGCAGGUAACUUGUUACCAGAAGCAAAUCUGUGGAUAACAACGCGACAUGCUGCAGCCAGCUGCAUCCCUCCACAGUAUGUGGAUCGGACGACCGAGAUACGAGGCUUCAACAACCUGCAGAAGGAGGAGUACUUCAACAAGAAAAUUGAGGAUGAAACCUUAGCCAGAAGAGUAAUCGCAAACAUAAAGUCUGCAAGAAGUCUCUAUAUCAUGUGCCAUGUACCAGUGUUUUGCUGGAUUUCCUCCAUCGUCCUGGGAGAAAUGUGUGCCAAAGCAGCAGGAGGAAAAAUGCCAAAGACUUUGACUCAGAUGUACAUCUACUUUCUGUCACAUCAGACCACUCAGAAGCAAGUCAAGUACUGUGAAGAUCAACAACCGGACUCCCAGGAGUAUGACGAGGUGAUCAUGUCACUUGGGAAGUUGGCCUUCCAGCAGCUGGAGAAAGGCAACCUGAUCUUCUACGAGGAAGAUCUUAGAGACUGUGGUAUUGAUGUCAAAGACGCGUCUGUCUACUCAGGAGUGUGCACUCAAGUCUUUAGGGAAGAGUGCUGUAUGCAGCAUAAAGUCUACUGCUUUGUGCAUCUGUCUGUCCAAGAGUUUCUUGCAGCUUUGUACGUCCAUGUGAUGUACACGGUCAAAGGUGUCAACCUGUUGAUGGAGGAACCUAAACUGAUGACCCAAAGCAAACCUGUAUCUGACUUGCACAAAGCUGCAGUGGACAAAGCCUUACAAAGUAAAAAUGGCCACCUCGAUCUCUUCCUGCGUUUCCUCCUCGGACUGUCUCUGGAGUCCAGUCAGGAUCUGCUCAGAGGCCUGAAGAUUCAGGUAGAAACCAGCAACACACAACAUCACUCGGGAACCAUCGAGUACAUCAAGAAGGAAGUAAAUCAGUCUCAUCCUCCAGAGAAGUACAUCAAUCUCUUUCACUGUCUGAACGAGUUGAACGACCACUCUCUGGUGGAGGAGAUCCAGACUCACUUGGACUCAGACCAAGACUUGGUGAUGGACGACCGCUCUGCAGCUGAGUGGGCAGCUCUGGUCUUUGUGUUGCUGACCUCACCGGAGAAACCAGACGAGAUCGACCUCAAGAAAUACUCCAGAACAAAGACGGGCCUUCUCAGGCUCCUACCAGCCAUCAGAGCAUCCAGAUCAGCAAAGUUAGAUGAUUGUAAUCUCACUGCAGACUGCUGUGAGGAGCUGGCCUUCAUUCUCAGCUCCAGUGCUAAUGAGCUGACUCACUUAAAAUUAAGUGACAACAACUUACAAGACUCAGGAAUCGAGCAUCUCUGCCUCGGACUUAAAAGCCCAAACUGCAGACUGAAGACACUGAGGCUGAACCGAUGUGGACUCACCCAGAGAGGCUGUGAGAAACUGGCUUCAGUCCUGAGCUGUCCCACUUCACAUCUGAGAGAGCUGGACUUGAGUGACAACGACGUUGUGGACUCAGGAGUGCAGCUGCUCUCCACUGGACUGGGAAAUGUGUGCUGUAAACUGGAAACUCUGAGGUUGUCCUUCUGUAACAUCACAGAGAAAGGUUGUGUCUUUUUGGCCUCGGCGGUGAAGUCCAACCCAUCACACCUGAGCGAGCUGGACCUGAGCUACAAUCACCUCAGGAAGUCAGGAGUGAAGCUCAUCUCUGAAGCUCUGGAGGAAGGACGGUGUGAAUUGACUAAACUCAGAGUCGACCACAAUGCAGAACACUGGUUUAAACCAGGACUGAGACGAUAUGCAUGUGAGGUAAGAAUGGAUCCCAACACUGCUCACAAACUCCUCAUCCUCUCUGACGACCAACAACAAGUUACCCACAGCGUUGAGGAGCAGUCGUACCCUGAUCACCCUGACAGGUUUGACUACUGGGCCCAAGUCCUGUCCCAGCAGGGCCUGCAGGGCCGCCGUUACUGGGAGGUGGAAUGGGAAGGAAAAUGGGUCGGGAUCGGAGUGGCGUACAACAGCAUCAGUCGCAAAGGGCCAGAAACUGACUGUGUGAUGGGAUACAAUGGAAUUUCUUGGAGUCUGCACUGCUCUGGGAAAGGCUACCGUGCGUAUCACAACCUUGAGAGCAUCGUCCUCAGUGUCCGUCCAGGUGAUUCCCGUGGACUGGCGGUGUAUCUGGACUGGCAGGCCGGCAUCCUGUCCUUCUACAGAGUUUCUUCUGGAAGAUUGCUCACACACCUGCACACCUUCGUCACCAAGUUCACUCAGCCUCUCUACCCAGUAUUCAGGGUGUGGGGAAAGGGCUCCUCAUUGAAGCUGUGUCAGCUGGAAUAACUUGGCAAAGAAAGUACUGAAUCAAGGAUCUUUGUGAAGGACUCACCAAAGGAUGUGACUUUAUUUGCAUUCUCGAGUGUCUCGUCUCUCUGCUCCACUGACGUUACCCCUUGAUUCCACUGGGUUCAUCUCUGUACCAUGGUGCAUGUGAUGCUGUCUUUUUCUCCAUUCCACCUCAUAUACCACCAGGACUGUUUCAGAAGCAGAGCAUCCUGCCUGCCUGACAUUUUUUUUUUAAAAGUUGUUUAAAGUGAGUGUUAAGUUAGUUAUGAGUUAACUAAGUUAUGAGCAGGUGAAAGUUUCUUCAUGUGAGGGAGUUUUCCUUUGUUGAUGGUGUUCAAGAUGGUUGCAAGUAUGUUUCCAAGUGGUUGUAAUGGUUGUUUAGGGCAUCAUCUAGGUGUUUAUGGGAUGGUUGCCAUGGAGAUUUGAUGACUGUAUCAAUGAUGUAUCGUCGGCACAUGUCAAGUCAACCAAGAUGUAGAAGGUGAUCAUCAGUGAUGCCACUGUAGAUAUUGAAGUGUAGUUGUCACAUUUUGGUCAUUUGCUGUACAUUCCAUGUGUUUUGUUUAUGAAAGUGUAAUUUUGUAAUUUCUACUUUUGACCACAACAACAAAUGUUGCCACAUCGGGACUCCAGAUUGAGGCCCCGUGUCAACAAAGCAUCUUUUUUCGAUUGUUCCCAAUCAGAAGCAUUGAAUAUCUCAACUUCUCUGAAAGGUUCUGGUAAAUGGGCUCCUAGAGUAAUUUGAAGAUCUCACAGCUAAAUACAGCCUCGAUAAGAGGCACUUCUUCAAAUUCCUGCAACUCAAGCAUCCGAACAGAACAGGGGGGCAGACUUCUACCAGUUACAAAACAACCCUUAGAUGAUAUAUUGAGUACCAAAAAAGAACUCAAGGGGUUUAUAUCUCACAUAUAUACUGACAUUAACAGUCUGUUAGGAAAAAAAGGGGCUUAAGGUUAGUGAAAAGUGGGAGGCCAACUUGUUUCAUAAUUUUGAAGAUGCUGAUUGGACUGAGCUUUGUGAAAAGGCCCAACACUUUUCCUAUAAUAGAAAACAUAUAUUAACCCAGUACAAUCUGAUACAUAGAGUCUAUCACACCCCCGAAAGACUGCACAAUAUAAGUCAGACAAUCUCUCAAUACUGCCCAAGGUGCAAAUCCAAAGUUGUCUCUCUUCUUCAUAUGUUCUGGUCUUGUUCACAACUGUGUAUCUACUGGGAAACAUUACUGAGAACCAUAUCCAAGAUAGCUAAAACAAAUAUUCCAUCUGAACCAAUGUUAACUCUAUUAAGGGACACGUCCAUGCUGCCUGUAAGGGACAACAAAAUCAGAUUCAUAAGAAUAGCUCUGACAAAAGCCAAUAAAUGCAUGUAUCUUAAAUGGAAGAGUGAACACCCGCCCUCACCCUCACUUUGGCUUAGUGAACUGACCUCCUGUAACCCCAACCAGAAAAUAAUGUACAGUCUAAAACAAAGGCCAGACAAAUUUGCCACCAUUGCUCUUUUUUCUGUUUCCUGGCCUCUGCAAUAAUAUUCUCUGUAUUUUUGUCUCUUGAUGAUGAUGUCAUUACCAGCAUCCUCCUGGCUCUGAUGUCCCGAUGUCAAAUGAAAACAAACAGAUCGUAAACACAGAGGAUCCGUGCGGCUGUCAACAUAUUGUUGUUGUAGAGACAAUCACUCCAGAGAGCACAGCCACAGCUUUUCUGCCUGAAAACAACGGCAGGUUAACUGCUUUCACCACUUCACCUCUCUGAAAAACUGUUUUAACUGGCUGAAAAUCCAAAUAUUGUUCCCUGACUUGCAUUGGUCGUGAAAAUUUGUUCUCACUCAAAAUACUUUUACCUUCAAACUGUUCUUUAAACUUAAGUUCACUGUAAGAACUUUAGGCUCCUCUGAACACAUACUCCCUCCUGCUGUGUGUAGCUUCUGCAAACUAUUAGCCCCAUUAGCUGUUAGCUGCCUUCAGGCUCAUUUAUGCUCUAUGUAAAUACAAAAAUAGAUCCGUCUAUUUCGAACAAUAAAACCAUCACUGCCCAGGUCUUUCCAGGCUUCCAUCACAUGGAUGUUGAACAAUACAACCACAAGAGGGCGCUGCUCAGAGUCAUUGGUGUUGCACAGACCUCAACUUUUCCAGUGUCCUCCCAGCUAUUCUCAAAAAAGUUCCAGCAUUUUUAGAAACUUUUCCCUUGUGUCCUCUGGUUGACUCUCUUUUAGCUAAACCGCCCCCCACGACUCCUGGAGGUUCUGCUCCAUUGAUCCGUAUCCACAAGCUUUUAGAAAACAUGCAGGAAUGAGGACAGAAGUCUCCGUCUGCAUCCGUAUCCAACUCUGAGCAGAAAUUAACCUUUAGCCAAACUCACCAAAGGACUAGAUUAUCAAGGAGAGAGUUUCUCCUCUCUAAUAGUGAGCUAACUGCUACGCGUUUGUAUGUAUUUAUAUGUCUUAUAUUAUGUAUGUUCAUGUAUCUUUGGUAUUGUAAUGAAUAAAUAGAUAAACAUACACAUAUUUGUCAACUCUUGUAAUGAAAUGAUGCCUCUGGAUUUAAACAUGACAGUUCAGUAAUUACACCAGAUCAGUGUGUGAACAGUUAAGUGUCGAUGGCGCAGCAACAUCCAUAUUCUACCCAGAAUUCAGUUUGGUUCAAGUUUUCAUGUUUUACUUUCUGUCUGAUCAACAGAUAAUUUAUUUCCACUGAGAGAAAUAUCAGUUCAUGUUAAAUAUUCGAACUCUUUUGUGCAACAAUCCUGUGGACUUACUGACCUGUCAUCUUUAAUGUUCAAACAGUUUCCCCCCAGGAUUAAUAAAGUAUUCUGAUUCUGAUUGUGAUUUCAAAUAAAAUUCAAAUGAAUGCA